AUGGCAUCUGGAGAGACAGCGCCCUACAAUGCUCGAGUCACUGUCGAUCGUGCGUUCAAGAAUUCGGGACCAAAGUCUCAAGAGUACCAUUCAGACGUGUUUGAAUCUACGGCAGCAAGACACUCGUGCUAUCUUGCUAUACGAGCUGGGUUGUAG